UGAAUACUUCCGCUUUAAGAAGGCGGCUCCGUCUCAGUGUAGUGUGUUUAUACGAUCCCAGAAGUGGCACCACCACAUGGAAAACGAUACUGUGUUUUUAAUUCAACAUGGCGAAAGCAUAUGCCGCUCUUCCAGUGGAUACGUUUGACAAACUUUAAUUGUGUGUAUAGUGGUGCGUUUCGACAAGAUGAUCGAAAGUUGAUAUUGUUCCUGUGAUCCUGUCUGACUAUUUUUACACCGCUGCCAGUGAGUGGAGCUACAGUAAAUGCGGCAACAUACGGCGCGCAGGGAAAGGAACCGAGAGAAGUGAACGCGUGCUGGAACGUUACACAUACAAGAGGAGCAAUUUAGAAAACGGACGUGAAAUAAACAGUGUUAGUUCGUGCCAAAUCAGUGAGUGAGAUGGACGGACUACGGGGAACGGGCUGUGAGCGCACCUCAACCGACGGCGAGUGAACAGACCGAGCCUGAAGCGGAUUGGAAUGGCAGCAUCCAGCAACUCAAGCCUGUCGGGUUCAUCAGUGUCUUCUGAUCCUGAGGAUUACCAACCGCCCAUAUGGAAGUCUUACUUGUACCGGCUCCAGCAGGAAGCUCCUCGGCCCAAGAGGAUGACCUGCCCUAAGGAGAUGGAGACCAGACCCAAAUAUUACGGCAGAGAGUUCCAUGGCAUGCUAUCCAGAGAGUCUGCAGAUGAGCUACUGGGAGGAGCAGAGGGGGCUUACCUUGUCAGAGAGAGCCAGAGACAGCCAGGGACACACACCUUGGCCUUAAGGUUUGGGCACCAGACCCUGAACUACAGACUGUUCUAUGACGGGAAGCACUUUGUGGGGGAGAAGCGCUUUGAGACGGUCCAUGACCUGGUGACGGAUGGCCUCAUCACCCUGUACAUCGAGACCAAGGCAGCAGAGUACAUCGCCAAGAUGACCACCAACCCCAUCUAUGAACACCUGGGCUACACAUCCCUGCUGAAGGACAAGAUGGGGCACCGGCUGAGCCGGAGACGCACUGAACCCCAUAGGGUCACCUUCCAGAGAGAGGACAGGAAGAUCACCACUUCUCCUCUGGUACGGCACAGCACCCUGAAAGACUGCCCCUCCGAGAAGCAGAGCUCCUAUGACAAGAUCCACAACUUCAAGGUUCAUACUUUCCGAGGGCCUCACUGGUGCGAGUAUUGUGCCAACUUCAUGUGGGGCCUCAUAGCCCAAGGGGUCCACUGCUCAGACUGUGGGCUGAACGUACACAAGCAGUGUUCCAAGCUGGUGCCCAGCGACUGUCAGCCAGACCUGCGCAGGAUUAAGAAGGUGUUCAGCUGUGACCUCACUACCCUGGUCAAGGCCCACAACACCACACGGCCCAUGGUGGUGGACAUGUGUAUCAAGGAGAUAGAACUACGAGGUCUGCAGUCUGAGGGCCUCUACAGAGUGUCUGGCUUCUCAGAACACAUUGAGGACGUGAGGCUCGCCUUUGACCGAGAUGGCGAGAAGGCAGACAUCAGUGCCAAUGUGUACAACGACAUCAACAUCAUCGCUGGAGCUCUGAAGCUCUAUCUGAGAGACCUGCCCAUUCCAGUCAUCACAUUCCACGUGUACUCCACAUUCAUACAAGCUGCAAAAAUUCCCAACCCAGACACCAGACUGGAGGCCAUCCACGAGGGGCUGCUGCAGCUCCCGCCAGCCCACUACGAGACCCUACGCUACCUGAUGAUGCAUCUCAAGAAGGUCACCAUGUUUGAAAAGGACAAUUUCAUGAAUUCUGAGAACCUGGGGAUUGUGUUUGGUCCGACGUUAAUGCAGCCGCCUGAACAGAACGCCCUGGCCACUCUGAACGACAUGAGGCAUCAGAAACUCAUCGUACAGCUCCUGAUAGAGCAUGAAGACGUCUUGUUUUGAACGACUGGAGCCCUGUCUGUUGCUGGGCAGGAUGGGCUGGAGCCCUGUCUGUUGCUGGGCAGGAUGGGCUGGAGCCCUGUCUGUUGCUGGGCAGGAUGGGCUGGAGCCCUGUCUGUUGCUGGGCAGGAUGGGCUGGAGCCCUGUCUGUUGCUGGGCAGGAUGGGCUGGAGCCCUGUCUGUUGCUGGGCAGGAUGGGCUGGAGCCCUGUCUGUUGCUGGGCAGGAUGGGCUGGAGCCCUGUCUGUUGCUGGGCAGGAUGGGCUGGAGCCCUGUCUGUUGCUGGGCAGGAUGGGCUGGAGCCCUGUCUGUUGCUGGGCAGGAUGGGCUGGAGCCCUGUCUGUUGCUGGGCAGGAAUAGGAUGUUUGAUUUAUUCCAUACCAGAGGAAUCUCAAGCCAUCAUGUCUGUCAUCAUACGAAGUGUCAAAAUUCCCAAAUGUUUCUAUUGUGGUCAGAUUUGAGCUUCCAUUACUUCUCUCCCAUAAGCAUGAGUGUUGAAGUUGAGUCUGUGGUACGUCAGUCAGCCAUCAUGUCUUGUUACAGUAAGGUCAAAGGUUGUCACAUCCUGCCAUAUUCUCCUUAAGAGGAACAAGGUACUGGAUACAUCCCAAAUGGCACCCUAUUUUCAUUACUUCUGAACAUGCCCCAUAGGGCUCUGGUUAACAGUAGUGCACACUAUAUAGUGAGUAGGGUGCCAUUUUAGAAAAAGCCAUUGAUUCCAACAUUUUCACACACCUUUCAUGGCGUCAAGUAGCCUAGCGGUAAGUGUUGGGCCAGUAAACAAAGGUUGCUUGUUUGAAUACCCUUGCCAACAAGGUUAAAAAUCAGUCAAUGUGCCUUUUGAGCAAGGCACUUAACCCUAAUUUGCUCCAGGGUCGCUGUACUACCAUGGCUGACCCUAUAAAACAACACAUUUAACUGCCCCUUCCCGGUGUCUGUGACAAACAUGUUUCCAUAAAUCUAGCAUCAUCACACUAACACAUUCUUCUUGGUUGAUGUCUGUCUGUAUAGUGAUUGUCUGCUCAAGUGUGUUCGUUUUGUGAUUAUUGGUCAAUGAGUCUCAUGACUCAGUAACUGUGUGAUCCUGUAGGGUGAGAUAUGGAUGGAUGGUCUAUGUAUGAAGCACUGUGCUGAUCAAUUUAUUUUGUGAAGAUUUCUUUAUGCUUUCAGCAUCAUGUGCUUUUUUCCCCCUGAAACUGAUAGGUUGUCAAGGAUCUGCGAUGUGUUCCAUUGUCAAAAGACAACAAAACCCUAAAGGAAUUGGUAAACAGAGCAGGUUAAACUUGUAAGGAAAUGCUUAGAAACACAUUUUGAGUGGCACGGUUGAAGUUCCAUCUGCAACUGUUUGCUGGUACUAUAAAAAUAGGCUGAGUUAUAGUGUAUGGUUUGGGUGAAAUGUGUGUGAGCCUAAAUGUUUACCGAACUUUUGAAUCAAACUUCUCAUUCGUUUAAAUUGACACAUGGAAUGGGUAAAGUAAUUAAUAUAAUAUAUAUAUAUUAAUAUUCAUACUUUAGUGGAAUACCAUGGGGUAAUAUAUGUAUAUACAUAUACACACACUGAACAAAAAUAUUAACGCAGCAUACAACAAUUUCAACAGAAUUGACUGAGUUACAGUGCAAAUAAGGAAAUCAGUCGCAAUAACUGAAUUAAGCCCUUAUCUAUGGAUUUCAUAAGACUGGGUGGGCCUAUGUCCUCCCAGGCCUACCCAUGGGUGCUCCCCUGCCCAAUCAGAAUGAGUUUUUUCCCCACACAUGGGCUUUAUUACAGACAGAAAGACUCCUCAGUUCUAUCAGCUGUCCGGGUGGAUGGUCUCUGACGAUCCCGCAGGUGAAGAAGCCGGAUGUGGAGGUCCUGGGCUGGCAUGGUUACACGUGGUUGUGAGGCCAGUUGGAUAUACUGCCAAAUUUUCUCUAAAAUUAUGCCUGCUUAUGGUAGAGAAAUGAACAUUCAAUUCUCUGGUGGACAUUCCUGCAGUCAGCUUGCUAAUUGCACGCUCCCUCAAAACUUGAGAUAUCUGUGGCAUUGUGUUGUGACAAAACUGCACAUUUUAGAGUGAACUUUUAUAGUCCCCAGCACAAGGUGCACCUGUGUAAUGAUCAUGCUGUUUCACCAGCUUCUUGAUAUGCCACACCUGUCUGGUGGUUGGAUUAUCCUGGCAAAGGAAAAAUACUCACAGGGAUGUAAAUAAAUGUGUGCACAACAUUUGAGAGAAAUAAGCUUUUUGUGUGUAUGGAACAUUUCUGGGAUCUUAUUUCAGCUAAUGAAACCAACACUUUACAUGUUGCGUUUAUAUUUUUGUUCAGUAAUAGCUACUCGUAGACUGCCAAACAUCUAGUAUGGGUAAGGACUCGACCUCGUAGUGUUCUGCCACUAUUUGACACAUACUAAAGUCAGGAAACAUGAUGUGUAAAUGUUCAGACUAUAAAACUGCCUGGAGCAGCUAUAGGUGAUGUGGAUCUCGCCUUCUCCAAACAACGUCAUGGCGACAGAGUUUACACAUUCCCUGUUUUCCAUUAUUGAUAAUAAUUGAAAUCCUUUCUACGAAUUCAUUUUAUUAAAAGUAUUUUUGUGAUGGGUGCAAUUAAGAUUGUAAUUUAUCAAAUGCUGAUUUAUUAAAAGGAUGUAAAAUGACA